AUGAACGAGACGAUGGAUCCCCGCCUUUUCCCUCGUCGGGUGCGCUAUGCUGCGCUUUUGACUGUUAACGUGUUUGUCUUCAUGGGCAAUAUGUACUCGUCCGGCAUUGCGACUGGAUUUGAAUCCCUCGGUUCGGGCCUUCACGUCCCUUACCAGAAGCUCGCCGACCUCAUCAGUUGGUCGGUUCUGGCCAUGGGGUUGUCCAAUUUGUUCUGGAUGCCGCUGGCCUUAUGCAUUGGUAAACGUCCGGUGGUGCUGGUCUCCAUGGCCAUGUUUCUGGGCGGGAUUAUUUGGACUGCCGUGGCAAAGGAUUAUGAUAGUUUGAUGGGCGCAAGGGUUUUUGCGAGUUUUGGGUUGGGAUCGAUCGAGUCAAUCGGACCAAGUAUUCUUGCUGACAUGUUUUACGAGCGAGAUUAUGCCAGUGCCAUGGCCACCUAUGCUCUGUUCCUCUCCGGUGGAUCCCAAAUUGGGCCUAUGAUCGCGGGAUACCUCGUGGCUUCUCGAGGAUGGCGCUGGUUCUUCAUCCUCUGUUUGAUCAUCGCCGCAGUCAACAUUGUCACGACGUUUUUCCUGCUACCCGAGACUCUAUACGAGCGCGACGAGCGGGAACAGUCAACAGAGCCCGAGAAAGAUGUCCAUGCCCAUAUCGAGACCGCAAGCAUACCAGCCGACCGUCCUUCCUUUGACUAUGCCACCUACUGGAGAAGUCUUUUCACAGUUGGUCUAUCCAAAGAAGCACGUCGAAAGGGCCCCUUGAAGCUUUUCGUCUAUCAGUUCUGUCUGCCGGCACCGAUGCUGUUGGUUCCUGGAGUCUUGCUGGCGUCGGCGAUGUAUGGGGUCAUCCUGGGAGCGGUCGUGUCCAUAUCCUCACUCUGCCCCUCGCUGCUUUCCCCGCCUCCGUAUCUCUUUUCGUCUUCUGCUUUAGGCCUCUUUACCCUCAGCAGCUUCAUCGGCAUUCUGAUCGUCUUUCCCAUCGCUGGCCCAUUGACCGAUCGCCUCUCGCAAUGGAUGCGCAAUUGCAACAACGGCAUCCAUAAACCCGAACACCGUAUCCCCGCCCUUAUCGUUCCCUUCAUAAUCAGCCCCAUUGGCCUCAUUGUCUUCGGAUACACCAUGUCCAGGCAUAUGCAUUAUGUGGCACAUGCUGUCGGUCAAGCCAUGGCAGCUGCAGGCCUGACACUCGUGCCCUCUGUGAUGCUCUCCUAUGUGGUGGAUUCGUAUCCGUACACAAGUGGCGAGGCAUUGGUUCUGGUAAACGCCAGUAAGAAUGUUGUGGCCUUUGGGUUGUCGAAGGGAUCGGUAGCUUGGAUGACGAGCGAGGGAAUCGACAAGAUGUUUUACGAAUUCGCGGCUAUCCAGUGGGUCGUGAUUGCUUUGGCGCUGCCGCUUUAUUUCGCGGGACCUUGGUUGCGAAAGAGAACGGGUAGGCUUCUCUAG